UAAUCUCGCCAGUGAAAAAGUGGGACACCAAUCCCCAAAUGAAGUCAUACUAAACGCAAUACCAAUAUAAAGAUUCGAUUUUUCCUCUUUCCCUUCCAUUUCUCCACUCGAGCUCCAUCCCUGCUCUCUGCCAAGACUUCACUCAAAAAGGCAAUAAUAUGUCGACUCCAUCUCGAAAGAGACUGAUGAGGGACUUCAAGAGAUUGCAGCAUGACCCACCUGCCGGUAUCAGUGGGGCACCGCAAGACAACAACAUUAUGCUCUGGAAUGCUGUUAUAUUUGGCCCGGAUGAUACACCGUGGGACGGAGGUACGUUCAAGUUGACCCUUCAGUUCACAGAAGAUUAUCCAAACAAGCCACCAACAGUUCGAUUUGUUUCUAGAAUGUUCCACCCAAAUAUUUAUGCGGAUGGAAGCAUAUGUUUGGACAUUCUUCAAAAUCAGUGGAGCCCUAUUUAUGAUGUUGCAGCUAUACUAACUUCAAUCCAGUCUUUGCUGUGUGACCCCAAUCCGAAUUCCCCUGCAAAUUCUGAAGCUGCUCGGAUGUUCAGCGAGAAUAAGAGAGAAUACAAUCGCAGAGUGAGGGAAAUCGUGGAGCAGAGCUGGACGGCUGAUUAAAAUCGAGGAUCAGUGUUUGGAGGCGUAAGUUUACUUAUGGUAUGUAUUGGGAUAUUUGUCUGUUUGAAUUGGAUCAAGUUAUUUAGCUUAUAAAUCAUGCCAAGACUGCUGCAUUAUAUCGUGUAAAUUUGUGACUGGGAAUUGUAAUGAAUGUAUUACUCGGACAUCGAUCUUAUUUUGCAA